AUGGAUUGGUACGACAGUGCGUUGUUUGGUGUCGACUGGAUAGAAUACGAAGCUAUGUAUCCCCCAGCGAUGAAAAGCAAAUGCAUAAACAGAACUCUGGAGAUCAACAUGAUACAAUCACUACUGAAACAUGGAUUUGCCAACGAAGAUCCCGUUGUUCUCAGCGAGUUCUGGAGAUGUUUCGCGGAAGAAGCGAACUUGAACGGAAGUUGGACGCUAUACAAGAAUCAGUACCUUCAACAAGACAAUAACUGCAUAUGUCACUUUGACGGAAACUCGCGGAUCAUCUCCAUACACUCAGAUGAUAAUGAAAUUGUGAAGAGCGGCACGCACAGAAAGGUUGCUAAAAAAGACGCACCGAAAUGUGAUAAGGUUCUUGAUGUGAAAGAUACGAAGGAUAAUGUCAAGACAAUUGAAAUGUUUUACGACAAGGUUAGACAUCUUCUCGAUUCUCAUUUCAAGCGCAAACGCUUGGACUAUCAAUUGUAUAUUGGAUUGAAGGAAGACACAAAACAGAAGGAAGUCUCAAAUCACGGAUUGCUUGUCAUAAUCAAAAAGUUAGCCCAAAAUGUUGUGGAAUCAGAAGAAGAAGAAGGAAAUGGUCCCAAAAUGGAGAAGUAUGAGUUCUUGUUGAUCCUCAAUACAAUGGCAAUUGUUAUCCCUGGUGACAAAUACACAAAGAACCGUAUUGAUAGGAUGUUCAACUUGGAAGCAGAGAGAAAUGAGUGUAUCUCGUUGGCUAUGCUGGGACAAUUGAAUGUAAAGGUUAUGGGAGAAUGA